AUGCCUGCACUGAGUAGUGUUGCUCUUACAUACGACAUCUGUGUUCACACUUCUGCGGCCGACUUCUUGGAAGCAACAGGGCACGCGCUUCUAGCUGACCAGGAACGUCGCUCUAAUCUUAUCCUUGCGCACGCUUUGGAAAGAGUAUCAUGCGAGGCUACCCGUACUGGGGUCAGUAGCUCUGCUGCCAGCUUGGACCUGGCUACCCACGAACGAUCCAAAGCAUGGUGGACUCGACGUUAUAGUCCCAACUAUCCAACUAUUGAGGUUGGUCGUGACUUCUGGAUGACAUGCUGGACUGGGCAGUCACCGAUUGUCAGUACUACUCGCUCGUCGGAGUUGGCUUCCGCUGCACACGCAGUCCGGCUCCCAACACUAGAUUUUGCAGUGUCUGUCCUUGCAUCGGACCCAGUAUUCGUUUUUACAUCUCAUCCAGCCACCACACUCACUGAUAGCUUUCUUACUCCACGAAUUGUGCGCCUAGUCCAGAGGCUUGCGCAGUAUAUACCAACCGCGCGCAUGUCCCGACUGUUCGCUUUGUAUCCAGUUGCUGAGACGAUUGCGAAAGAAUGGACUGCGUAUACCGGUGUACCACGCGCCCCAGAGAGCCAAUGUAAUGUGUUUUCAACUUUCUGCACGGUCGCUACCUUUUCUGGAGUACAACCUUUGCCUGGUGGACAUCGGGUUGUUUUAGCGAGCGUCACGCAGAUAUCUCACAUAGCUCGUAUCUACUACGAUUUUGAGACAGAGCAAACUCUACAUCCCAUCUCGUAUGAUCAAGCCUGUCAAAAAGUCGAGCGCAUGAUACAUCAGGGGCAAAUAUGGACGUAUGAGCGCCCAGUAUUCGAUACUUCCAGAACUCGCGUAGAACGUCAUGAUAUAUGCGCUAUUGCCGCGUUGACAAGACAUACACCAACUGUCGCAGCAAUCUCCUCGAUAUACACUCUACCACUUUUUCGUGGCAAAGGUAUUGCUGGGCAACUUGUAGGCCGUGUUUGUGAUCAUGUUUUCACCUUGAACAAGUCGGCAGUUCUCUUUGUUCCUCAGAGCAACACCGCUGCGAGUAAUUUGCUCGGUCGUAUUGGCUUCUAUGGAAUGGGUCCGAGAGCUGCUUUGGGAGAGGCUGCUGAGACAUGGCGUGAGAUCGGUUUUGUAGGGGGUGCCCGAACUUCGGGUAGUUGGUGA